UCUCUCUCUCUCUCUCUCUCUCUCUCUGACUUCUCUCUCAUCUUUCCGAUGGCUGGAAGCGGGGAAAAACCUACAUGUGGCUACAUCGUCUACGUUGUCACCGUCGCCAUCAUCAUCGGCGGCCUCAUCACCUUCUUGCUAUGGGCUUUUACACUCCCUGAUUCCCCCGAAUUCUUCGUCUCAGGAUUCGAGGUCUCAAACUUCAAGCUCUCCCCCAACUCCCUGACCUCGGACUUCAGCGUCUCCGUCGCCGUUCGGAACCCUAACAAUAAGUUCAGCGUCCGCUACGACGAUGUCCACGCCGCCGUCCUCUACAGCACCGGAGUCCCUGGCGACGACGUCCUCAACGGAAACGACUUCGUGAUCGCCACGAAACCGACGUUCCUUUUCUCUCAGAGGCCUCAGGGCGUCAUGCAACGCGAAGUGAGACUGGGGACGGUCGGGUUUCGAGCCGAUGAGGGCAGGAUUCGCUCGGGGACGGCGAGGUGAGGUUUGUGAGUUAGGAUUCACGCGACCGUGGGGUUCAAGGCGGGGUUGGGAGCCGGCGGCUGAUUACCACGUGAAGGUUUACUGUGAUGAUGUUCGGGUUGGGUUGAAGAAUUCGACGGUGGCCGGAUUUGGGUCGAUGGUGGGGCCGGCGAGGGGUUGUGGGGUUUGGUAAACGUACCGAAAUGCAUAAAUUUUUUUUGUUCUUUUGUUCUUUUUUUUCUCAAUCAGAUGCGAAUUAACUGGAGUUAAGAUCAUUGUCAUCUCCUUAUAUGUUAUUUGCUGUUGGAUAGAAGUAUUGGCUAGCUAGUGACCUCUCGAAUAAUAUUCCUUGUACGUUAAUUAGCACGAGCUUUCAGACUGG